AUGAAAAGCAAAUUCAAUAAAACUUCAAGUACAUUUUUAAAUUCAGACAGUCAUAAUCACGAAAGUAAAGCUCAUUUAUUAGAGCUAAAUAUGAACGGCAAACAAAGGAUAGAUGUUAAAGUUAUCUUAAAGAUAAUAGAAAAAGACAUGGAGAGAAAAAUGUCUCCAAAACAAAAGCUUAAGCUAAAACUUCACAAGGACAUUACCAAUGCCUUAAUGGGAAAUGAAAGCAGAGGAAUAAUGCCUUUUCAGUAAUAGGAUUAACUGAAAUAGUUGUAAGGUCAUAAUAAGACAUAAAAGUUGUUCUUUCAGCAUAGAUUGUCUCAUUAACAAAGCUAAAAAUAGCUUGAAAAUCAUGAUCCUUUCAGAAUAAAAGUCCUAGAAGUUGAUGAUAUACAGCAGAGUGAACUAUAAAAGCAUAAUUAAAAAAUUAUGAAUAGAGCGAAGAGUUCAGCUCUUCUAUCUGAUAAGUCUUCAUCUAAAGUCAGUGCCGCCAAGAUUAAUUCAUUUCUAAUGCUGCAGUAAAAGAUAUCUGAUAUCUAGUAAGCUCAAAAAAAGAUGAGAGAAAGUGUGAAAUUAGAAAUCAAUAAAAGAGAACUUACAAAUCCUAUAGGCUAUGUCUAAAAGAGAAUCUCAAAUUUCAUUCGCAAUGAUGAUCCAGAGGAUAAAUAAAACAAACAUGAGAUAGAGGUCAAAAGACUACAACAGCAGCCCAUCAAUGAACCAAAAACUGGGAAGUUCACUCUUCUGCCUUUUCAUUAAAGUGAUCAGGCUGAGUUUAGACAUGUCAACAUGCUUUUUUCUAAAAAGGAAGAAGAUCAUAUUAAAUCUAUGAAGAACUAUUAGAACUAAUUACAAGGUGGUAUUGCUGAAGUAAGGAGAGCUAAGCACUAACUUAUUGAUAAAAAGAACUUUGACUAUAAUAAGUAUCAUGUAAUAAGUCCUUUCAAUAGGACAAGAAACUCAAAUGAGUUAAGCCUUAGUAGAAAUUAUUCAUGCAUGAUUCCACAGACUUAGCUGGAUACAAAUAAUACCUUAAAAGAUAAGGAAUAGAUUGAUAAAAUUCUUAAGGGGUGUAACAGAUAUCACAAUCAACUUGCCUCCUUCUGUAAGUUUUAAGGUAAAAAGAUUCAGAGGAGAUUUGAAACAUUAGAGGAAAAUCACUCUUCCAUCUUGAGAUAGAUUGAUGUUGCUAGGGAUCUGCUUUUUAUGGAUUUAUGCAAGAGGAAUAAGAUCAGACAGAAAUUUAGAGAUUUAGUUAAUUCAAGUUUACAAGAAGAUUGGUAGAAAUUAGGAGAGGAUUUAUAAGAAAGAUAUGAAAAUGAGCUAUUGAAAAAGCAUUGUAAAAAGUUUUCAGAGAAGUAGUUAUCUAAUAGAUAACUUAGAGAUGAGUUGUUGUAACAAAUACAAGUCAAAGAGCUUGAGAUGCAAAAGAAACAAGAUGAGAGUCUCGCUGAAAAUGACUCCUUUAUGAUUUGA